CACUGAAUCCCCAUUGAGACCCAGUCUUGCUGAGAUCCAUGGUAACCAUGCUGUGCUGCGUGAUGACUUUGACUCCAGCCUUCAGGGAGAACUGGACCCCAGCAUCUGGUCAGAGAGUAGUAACUGUGAGGUGGGAGAGCAGUGUGGGGUCCUGAUGCACGGCAGAGCAGUCACCUUCUGUGAACCCUUUGGAGAGAGAGAACUGAUCAGCGUUCCUCUCAACACCACCACAGCCUCCGUCCUGCAGUUUGCUCUCGGCUCAGGCUCCUGUCGGUUCAGUUACUCUGACCCCAGCAUCAUCGUGUCGUUCAGUCUGAACAAGAAUAACGGCUCAGAUGACUGGAUCACCCUGGAGAAGAUCCGUGCUCCUACUAACAGCAGUACAGUAGUCCAUCUCCUACCCCUGCCGGUGCGCUCCAAGAGGGAUGGGGUGCGUGUACGGUGGUCCCAGGAGGCCCCCCAGGGGCCCGAGGGCUACGAGUCGUGCUGGGGCCUGGAUAACAUACUGCUGGUCAACGCUGCUCACAGACCCCCCCUGAUGGAGGAUAACCUGGACCCCCCCGACACAGCUAACUGGCUCUUCUUCCCUGGAGCCACCGUCAAGCAUGCCUGUCAGUCAGAGGGCAACGCUCUGUAUUUCCAUGGCAACAACGAGGAGGGUGUGGGCCACUCCUUCGCCUCCACCCGAGACAUCGACCUCCACCGAGAGGAGGGGCGGAGCUACUGGGAGGAGGACUUUGAAAGCCCGCCCACCAACUGGGACAUCGAGGGGGCAGUGUAUGGGACCCAGUGUGGAGAGAUAGAGUCAGGCAUGGCCCUGGUGUUCGAGAGGGGUGGAGAGAGGAAGAUGUGUACUCCCUACCUGGAUACCACCUCCUUUGGAAACAUCCGCUUCCACUUCACCAUGGGUGGAGGAGAGUGUGACCCAGGAGAGUCCCAUGAGAAUGAUGUCAUCUUGUUUGGGAGGUCAGAGGGCAGGAGAGACCACGUGCUGUUAGACACCCUGCCAUACUCCUCCUACAAGAGUCCAUCUGUAGUAUCAGUAGCCCUACCUACAGACCUCCAGACCCCCUGUCACCCAGUUCUGUCUGGAGCAGCGGGCACACGGUGGUGCCAAGCGUCACGUCUGGGCCGUAGACUUCAUGCAGCUGCUGCCGGUUCUGCCUGCCACACACACCCACGUGGCCCAGUUCUCCAUCAACCUGGGCUGUGGAUCCUACCAGCCUGCCAACAGUGUCAAUCUGGAGUUUUCCACCAAUCACGGUCAUUCCUGGUCCCUGCUCCACACAGAGUGUCUCCCAGACUUGUGUGCUGGACCUCACCUACCACAUAGCACCAUCUACUCCUCUGAUAACUACAGCGGCUGGACGAGGAUUUCCAUCCCCUUACCCAACGCUGCCCUGACUGAGAACACCCAGUUCCGUUGGAGACAGGGUGGCAUGGGAGCUGGUAACAUGUGGGCCAUAGAUAACGUGUACAUCGGUCCAUCCUGCCUUCGUUUCUGCUCUGGAAGAGGACACUGCUCCCGUACCGGCUGCAAGUGUGACCCAGGGUUUAGUGGUCCAGCCUGUGAGCUGGCCUCCCAGACCUUCCCUGCCUUCCUGUCAGAGGGCUUCUCCAGUCCCAGACUCUCC